UACAGUUCCCUACUCAUAUAUGAACGUUCUACGGAGAUUUGUUUUUAGCUUAGCUGGGGCAUGCGAGUAGAAAAGUAAACUUCGAAAAAAUAAGUUUAAGUUUUUUUGCUUUUUUAAAAUCUGCUUUUCUUUACACUGCUUCCCCAUCUUGUGAGUUACAAAGCGUCUUUUGAGAAGUUGACUUGCUGCCAUGCCACAGCACCAUGACCGGGAGAAGAAGGACAGCACAGCAGAGGAGAUGGAGGUGGAAGAGCAAGAGCAGGAGCAGGAACAAGAGGCAUCCAGCUCAGAAGAGGAGGAUUUAGACACCUCCUCUAUCUCCGAAGAUGGAGACAGCUCAGAAAUGGAUGAGGAGGACUGUGAGCGGAGGAGGAUGGAGUGUGUGGAUGAAAUGUCCAACCUGGAAAAACAAUUUGCUGAUCUCAAAGACCAGCUGUAUCGUGAGCGUCUCAGUCAGGUGAACAGCAAGAUGGUAGAGGUGGAGGCUAGCCGGGCAGCAGAGUAUCUGGAGCCUCUGGCAGUACUGCUGGAGAACAUGCAGGUCCGCACAAAAGUGGCAGGCAUCUACAGAGAGUUGUGUCUGGAGACUGUGAAGAACAAGUAUCAGUGUGAGACCCAGGCAGCAUGCCAGCACUGGGAGAGUGAGAAGCUGCUGCUGUUUGAUACAGUACAGAGUGAACUGGAGGAGAAAAUUCAAAGGCUGGAGGAGGACAGACACAGCUUAGAUAUUACUUCAGAGCUGUGGAAUGAUGAGUUCUCAGGAAGAAAGAAGAGGAGAGAUGCCUUAAGUCCAGACAAGAAGAGGAGAAGACCGUCAGUGGUGUCUGGACCUUAUAUUGUCUAUAUGCUGCCUGACUUGGACAUCCUGGAGGACUGGACAGCCAUCAGAAAGGCCAUGGCUACGCUGGGUCCCCACAGAGCGAAGGUCGAUUCUGACAGCACCGUGUUCCCGUUCAGACCUGACAGAAACAGACCCAUUCUCAACUGCUGAGGAAUGUACACACAUACCUAAAUACACACAUCAGCACGCUCGCUCAAAGAGGACUCAUGGGUCUGAAUCACCCUUAUAGGACAAACAAGGAUGGAAGCUUUUUUUUUUACUGGCAAAUGGGCUUCAGAAUUGAUGUUUUGUUUUUUUGUCUAUUGCACUGAUUGUUUCUGUUCAUUUAGUGGAGAGCCAACAGGAAGUUUCCCUAUUAACAGAUCAUUCAACCUAGACAGGUAUUUAAGGCUAAUGUCUGCUGAAACUCAUUCCAGUAUUCAUUCCAUUGCUUGUCACUGUGAGAAGUUAUUUUAGAAAUGUUUGUUUUCAGUGGUAAAAACCACAAGUGCAACCUUUAUUUAUCACUGAACACAGAAACAAAUGAAGUGAGGGUUUUAUUGGCUAAUGCCUUGAAACUGUUUUGUGGAAAAGAAAGACCAUGUGGUUGACUAAAAACUGGAAUUUUUUCAGUUUCAUUACAACAUCUUUGAACUGGAAGACUAAUAUUUAUAGUGGCACACAAAACUCACUGACUCCUGGUGUGGAAUUAAAACUGUUGAAACAUGAUGCACAUUGCAUUUAAAUCCUGUUUACGUGUUACAUGCGUGCUACAUCAUUUCAGGUGUUUUUCACCUCCCAGAGCCUAGUAUUUGGUGAGGGUGCCAGUGCCUUUACACACUAAGGUAGUCAGUCUUCUCUAAACUGAUGUGUUCCUCAAGCAUCAUGUCUGGCUUUGACUGUGGCAGUGCCAUUAGGCCAAGUGGCCAGCACUUCAAGAAGCUUUACAAACAUUUAGUUUUAUUUGGUGAUACUGGAGUAUUCAAAGCAGAUCACAACUCAGCCCAUUAACAAGGUCAAAAAGAGGGAAUUACAGUUAUUGUGCUUUAUCUUAAAUCUAGAGAGUUAUUAAAGGAUAAGGCUGGUCAAGUUCUAUAUUAGCAAUAUUUCAAACACUCCCCAAAUACGGAAAAUGACUGUCAUUAUCUUUUAAUGAACCUUCCAAUGACAUACGAUAUGGGCAAAUAUCAGUUUUUAAAUGAACAUGGUCUUUUUGGUACUUUUCCUGUGGAACAGUUUAAAUGUAAUAUAUGAGAAUAGUUAGGUGGUGAUCAUACAGCAUGUUGUGCAGUAGUCUGUCAUCCAGCACUCAGCAGUGCUCACAUCUGAAGUUCUGUUACAUGAAAAGAAUAAUACUGAAGAAGGCCAAAUUCGUGGAGAUAACAGAUUUCUACUGGACACUACAUUUAAGGUUUUAUCUUGCCAUUUUCUAAACACCACUAAACAUCUGUGUGCCACUACAUACAGUGCUUAUUAAAAGUAUUC